CAGAUUGUACGCCCAAGGCGCUGGUUCCAAAACGGUCAGAGCGUUAGCCAGGAAGAAACAAAUAAACAAGAUUAAUCAUUUGAGAUGAUAUAGAGGAGUCUACUGAAAGAAGUGCCGGAAAUGGCGAGCUCACCCGCCGGACUGCGGAUGCUGAAGCCACCGCUUACAGCUGCUCCUGUGUCGCGCUCGCAUUCCAGGUUAAACUUUCCAAAAACUCGAUUUCUCAGAGUCACGUGUGAUUACUCGUGCUUAGAGGUUAGAGAUGUCAGCUAUCAGCCCCCAGGGACUCAGUUGAGCCUUUUGAAGUCAAUUAAUUUUUCACUUCGUGAGAAAAGUUUUGGCCUAAUUUUUGGACAGAGUGGAAGUGGAAAAACAACUCUCUUGCAGCUUCUGGCAGGGAUAACCAAACCAACCUCUGGUUCCAUUUGCAUCCAAAAAUAUGAUAGUGAUGGUAAGCCAAGCCAAUCUCCCCAACCAUUGGUGCCAGAAAGGGUUGGUAUUGUCUUCCAGUUUCCUGAGAGGUACUUUGUGGCUAAUAAUGUGCUUGACGAAGUCACUUUUGGGUGGCCAAGACAAAAGGGUGACUAUCAAUUAAAGGAGCAUCUUGCUUUAAGACUUCAGAGGGCAAUUAACUGGGUUGGAUUAAGUGGGAUCUCCUUGGAUAAAGAUCCUCACUCCCUUAGUGGUGGUUACAAACGUCGUCUAGCAUUGGCAAUACAGUUGGUUCAUAUCCCUGAUGUUUUGGUACUAGAUGAGCCUCUUGCUGGUCUUGAUUGGAAAGCACGUGCAGAUGUUGUGAAGCUUUUGAAGCAUCUGAAAAAAGAAUUGACCAUACUAGUUGUGAGCCAUGAUUUAAGAGAGUUAACAAGUCUAGCUGAUCGAUCGUGGAGGAUGGAAAUAGGUGGCAAUCUUAGGGAGGAGCCACUACCAUUGUAAAUAUGGGAACAUUCAUUGCCUUUCUGAUCAGCAUGGAUGCUACAAGCUCUACAAGUGAUGCCCUUUCGUUUCUCACUUCUGUUGUCUCUGGAAGUUCAAUUGAUGACCCAAAGAAGUAUCCUUGGAGUGGAUGUAUAGUUGUGUUUCCACAAUCUUCUUCUAUGGCUCCAUCCAUUGGCUUGCCACCAAGUGUGAUAGUGCUAAUAUGGUUGUUUCUUCCUGAUUCAGUGAACCUUUCUUCAUUUUCAGCCUCAAGGAACUUCUCUAGCUCAUAACAAAUGCGCUGCAGCUCAUUCUCAGUGACUGCUGCAUUUUCUCAGCGAUUUUUUCUAAAGGUAAUACAAAUGCCAGUGUCACUGGUUCUUCAGUGACUGUAUCUGCAACAAAAGUUCCAAUGGUGAGAAAGCCUUCAAAGACCUCAGAGAUGACUGUAGAUGUUUCAUUUUGUGGCCUCUCUUCAUCUCUCUUGUUUUCAUAUUCAGAAUAAGAGGCUUGACUUUCCCGUUGGUAUGGUUUUGAGAAUCCAGAUUGAUUUCUAGAGUUGAAGCUUCGCUUUGCAUGAGAUUAUUGGCUGUUAAAUGCCGGCUGUUGUGCAAGGCAAGAACAAGGAUUUCCUGAAAUUAGUUUCCCAAAAGAAAUUAGUGUAUUGGCAAAAAUUAGCGGCUAUAAGUAUACCUAAGAUUUGGGAAACCGUUUUAGUUUCUUUUUUAUUGCUUGUGCUCUGGAAUGUGCCAUUUAGACAAUUCUUGAGCUCCCAAAAAUCGAUGAGUAAGAUCAGGAACAUGGAAAAAUUGCCCAAUGUAUGAUGUGGACAAGGUGGCCUAGUGGUAAAUUAGGGUUUUAAUCAAUCCGCUGAAGUGGAUUGUAGAUGUUUCUAGAGGUAGAGUGGUCCCAAAUCUGUUUAAAAUCACAAUCUAGGACAAUUUGACGUCAACUUUUGCCACAGCAUCAAAACCUUUGGGUCAGAUUAUUAUGCACAUAUAAUGGUGUAGCUUAGUGAAAAUAACAAAGUAAAUUUCUUCUUGCAAUUUUGUUGAUAGGCAGUUACAAGUUGGUCAGACAUCAUAGUAGCAUCAAUUUGGAUUGAUGAUGAAUUUAGCAUUCACUAAAUGCUUGCCUAUAUAUCCAAUUUCAUUGUCAACUUUCACUUAUUCCCCCCCGGCCCCCCAAAGAAAGAAAGGACUGGAGAAACAGCAGAGGAAGAGAAUGGGGGGCUAUUAGGGCUAUUAAAUACCUAGGGCGACAUCCCUGGAGCUUCAACACGAUUCAGCCAAAAUUUUCGGUACACCCACUGAAAUAGCUGCAAGAAGACAAGGCAGAGAUGAAAUUGAAAGAUCAUAGUUGCAUUUCAAAUUAGUAGCUGGAGACUUACCUUCAUUUUGGUCGCUCGUGCUGAUGUUCCGGUCGCUUAUGUUUUCUUGGCAGAUAUAUUAUGCCAGUAGAUUUAAGUGUUCUGAUAAGUGGCCUCUAGACUGAGGAGAAAUGGAUUAAUAAAAUGAGUAAACAUAAAUGCCUUCUCAGUGUGACUAACACUGGGAGCAGGUAGUUUUCAGAAUGGCCUUAGAUACUCGUGAGAUAAGGCAAAAACAAAUAGAUGGAUACAAUCGAUCUUUUCAAAAUCUGAUCAGCGGGAGAAAUUAGGGAAUGGACUGCGUAUCAGUUGGUUGGAAUUUCUCUUCAUUAUUGUUUAUCCAGAACUUGUAUUUGAUGUUGUAAGAGUGGCUCUAAAGCUCAUUCCGAGUAUUUCAUUUGUCUAACUGUUAUUUAACUCCUGAAAGAUUGGUAGAGCAUGUUAGGCAUUAUAUUUGGAAUUCCAAUGGCACAAUUGCUGCUUUGUGAGGGUAGGUUGCAAAAAUUUUGGAUUUGCUUUGUCACAGAAAGUGAUGGAUGCGUUUAAAGGUUUUCUGUUGAUAUAUAAUUAUGAUUGUAUUAUUUUGGCUUGGUAUUA